AUGUCAACCCUGGAACCAUCCUCCAAACGCGUCAAAAUGUCCGACGGGAGCAGCAGUCCCGUUAUCGGAACCCACAAUGGCCAUUUUCACGCCGACGAGGCUCUGGCCGUCUAUCUCCUCCGCCAGCUCCCACAAUACCAAUCCGCACAAUUAGUACGAACCCGCGAUGCCGAGCGUCUCCAAACCUGCGACAUCGUCGUCGACGUCGGCGCCGUACAUGAUCACAACGCCCGCCGCUACGACCACCACCAGCGCGAGUUCACAGCCACCUUCCCAGGCCACCACACCAAACUGUCCAGCGCGGGAUUGGUCUGGAUGCACUAUGGUCCCGAGAUCAUCCAUUCGCAGACCGGUCUCGCCGUGGACUCCGCCGAGAACGCCUUGCUCUACGAGAAGACAUACACCGACUUUAUCGAGGCCUUCGACGGCAACGACAACGGCAUCGCACCCUACGACCCCGCCGCCCUGCGCGCCGCCGGCAUCGAGAAGAAAUUCUCCGACAAGAGCUUCAGCCUCGCAAGCGUCGUGAACAAAUUCAACUUCGCGCCCAGCGACCCCAGCGCCACGAGCACCAGCGAGAAAGCCGCAUCGGCCGAGGAGGAAGACGCGCGAUUCCUCCGAGCGAGCGCCUUCGUGGGCCAGCAGUUCGCGUUCGAGCUCUCGCACACCUUUCACAGCUGGCUGCCCGCGCGGGGCGUCGUCGCCGAAGCCUUCCGGACCCGGCGCGAGGUGCACCCGAGCGGCCGGGUGAUUCUGAUCCCGCACCGCCCCGAGGGCGUGCCGUGGUCGGAGCACCUGUACAAUCUGGAAGAGGCGGAGGGCAAAUCCGGCGAAAUCCUCUAUGCGAUCUUCCCGGAGUCUGGGGAGAAGGACAGCAAAUGGAGGAUCCGCGCCGUCUCGUUGGAGAAUGGCAGUUUCGAGAAUCGUAAGGCGCUUCCGGAGGCCUGGCGGGGUCUGAGGGAUGAGGAGUUGAGUACCGUCAGCGGGGUGCCCGGGUCGGUCUUUAUCCAUGCCAGUGGGUUUAUUGGUGGAAACCAGACCUAUGAAGGUGUGGUUGCCUUGGCGGGCAAGGCGGUGGAACUAUGA